GGGAAGACCGAGCAAAACCAAAACGAGGAGAAUCAGAAGAAAGCCACAAGAAAAAGACAGAGAACCCUGGGAAGAGAAGAUGAUUGAGGUGGUGUUGAACGAUCGGCUAGGGAAGAAGGUGCGCGUGAAGUGCAACGAUGAUGACACCAUCGGUGACUUGAAGAAGCUGGUGGCUGCUCAAACCGGUACUCGAGCGGACAAGAUUCGGAUUCAGAAGUGGUAUACCAUCUAUAAGGAUCAUAUCACUCUUAAGGACUACGAGAUCCAUGAUGGCAUGGGCCUCGAGCUCUACUACAGCUAAACCUAUCAAGGUAAGUGAUGAUAUGAUAAGCAAGGCAUGUUGGUACUGGGAAGGACUACUUUGCUAGUAAUGUCUUGUAUGAUAAUAUUGGCAGGGCCAAGUUUUUAAGUAAUGUCUUGUAUGAUAGCACAUGUUAUACUCCUUAAAACUUGUAAUAGCUUGUUCAUGGUGAUUUAAUAUGAAUGGUUUUUUUUUUUUU